CGUGCAAGUGUGUGUGUGUGUGUAUGUGUUGUGUGUGUACCUGUACCUGGAAGUGCAGUGAGUGAGUGUGUAUGUGUACAGUGUAACCACAACACAGUGUGCUGGAAUGGAAAUGUCCCUGCCGUGCGAUGACAGCGCGUGAACAACGAGUUUAAAGUGAACGUUUAUUGCGAAACAAAAAGCUGCCGAAAAUCAUCAUUUGCCGUUCCGUAGUUGCCCCACGGGCCUCCGUGAACAGAGAAGAGAACCCCCCAAAGCCUACUCAGUGCAUAAUUGUUCGCUCACCCUCCACGAGAGCAGCGCUGCUUAACCGUUUCCAGAACAUCCAGUGGGGGUAAAAAGCUCACCAAACCGCUUCGGGCCGACAGGGCAGGGCGUGUAGAAAGCACGGGCAUGGAUCCGUACGGCUGGCCGGCUUCACCGUUGCGUGCUGGCGGUGGCGGCGGUGGUGGUGGAGGAGGUGGAGGUCCCAGCGGCAUGUACGACAACAUUUCCAACGACGGCAUACCGAUGGACGCGCUGGCCGAGCUGCAGGACACGGGAUUCGAGCCGCAGACGCGGGCCCGCUCCAACACCUGGCCCCUGCCGCGGCCGGAAAACUUUGUCGAACCGGAAACGGAACCGGACAGCAACAAGUGCAGCAAUCAGCAGCUGGCCAACACCGGCUCCAGCAAUACGCAGCUGCAGGCGGCCGCAUCAUCGUCCUCGUCCAAGAAGAACUCAUCGCGACGCAACGCCUGGGGCAAUCUAUCGUACGCCGACCUCAUCACACAAGCCAUCAGCUCGGCCAGCGACAGCCGCCUAACGCUCAGCCAGAUCUACGAGUGGAUGGUGCAGAACGUGCCGUACUUCAAGGAUAAGGGCGACUCGAACAGCAGCGCUGGCUGGAAGAACUCGAUCCGGCACAAUUUAUCGCUGCACAAUCGCUUCAUGCGGGUACAGAACGAGGGUACGGGCAAGUCGUCCUGGUGGAUGCUGAACCCGGACGCAAAGCCGGGCAAGUCGGUGCGCCGGCGAGCCGCCUCGAUGGAAACGUCCAAGUACGAGAAGCGCCGGGGCCGGGCGAAAAAGCGCGUCGAAGCGAUCCGGCAGCAGGCUGCCCUCGGUCUGGCCACCAACCCACUGAACGAUGCCACCCCGUCACCGAGCAGUAGCGUUAGUGAAGGAUUAGAUCUGUUCCCGGAGAGUCCACUGCAUAGCGGUAACUUUCAGCUGUCGCCCGACUUCCGGCAGCGCGCCUCCUCGAACGCGAGCUCGUGCGGUAGGUUAAGCCCGAUCCAGUCGAUCGUGGGCGUCGAGAACACGUGGAACUAUACGGCGGCGGACGUGGCCGACCUGGUCGACAGUGCCGAGCAGGCGCAGGGCGACGUGCUCGAGCUGGACAUCGGUACGCUCGAUCAGCUGGCCGGCUCGCUGGCGGACGAGCUGACGCUGCAGCAGAACGAUUACUUCAAAGGAUUUACGCAAUCGACGGCGAUGCACAAUCAGCCACCGCCGCCACCGUACCAGCCGCCCCAGCCCUACUCGCUGAUGGCCUCGGUCGCCCCGUCCUACGGUCUCCCGCAGCAACAGAAUCAGUGCCCGAUUCAUCGCAUACAACAUUGUACCUGCAUGCUACAGAAUAAUGCUCGUGAGAGCAUCUCACCGGCGUCCGGCACCGGCAUGUCGCCCUCAUAUCCGCACAGCGAACCGUCACCUGACUACGCCAUGCUAAUUGGAUCUCGCGUAAUACAAAGAACGCCCUCGUCUAGUCCUCCGCUAACGCCAAAUACGAUCUGCGGAUUGAUAGCGCCACCGCCGCAGCAGCAGCAGCAACAGCAAGAUCCAACACCGCAGACGCUAAUGGGUCAAGUGAUGGAAGCUUUAAACAGCCAAACAAACAUCGACGACAUCAACAUCAACGUGGAAGCGUUUCCGUGUGUGGAUGAGGUGCUAAAGCACGAGCUCAGCUUGGAGGGAUCGCUCGAUUUCUCCAACCUGCCACUGUCGAUCCACAACAGCUACGCGGCCCCGAACAAUUCCAACUCGUCCGACUCGUCGUCCGGGAUCAGUGCGAUGACCGCACCGUCCCCGAACCAGCAGGCGGCCGCACACAACCACGGCCAGUACGCGGCCCGCACGAGCGUCACGCCACCGUCCUGGGUGCACUAGGGAGUGUGUGAUGGAGUGCGCGGUGCAUGGAGCCGGUACCGAUGGCGCGAUGCGCGCAUCGGUCCAGUGAAUCGAACGCUUUUUCGAGAGCGGACCCAGUGCCCAAGUGCUGUGAGAAUGCAUCCCCUUGAAAGAGAAGCCCAGCUUGCCGAUUGGGGGAGGAGAAAAUAAAAACAAAACACCGACGACCGAAACGACUCACGUGGGAAGUGCUGAACAACACCAUCGCACUGCUGAUCGUACGUGAUCGUACCAGAAACUGGGAGAACGAAAGGAGGAAAAAGGCUCUGCAAAAUGAGAAAUUAAACAGACAAGCCAAGCUUUUUGUUUUUAAUGUACAUAUAGUGUAUGCGAGAGCAUAAGUGCGUGUGAGAGAGAGAGAGCGAGAGAGAGAGCGAGAGAGAGAGCGAGAGAAUGAAUGGAGUCUCUUGUGUGAAUGACAGCGAAGGCUAGUAAACAAGAUAGAGUGACAGGUAGAGUUGAUUAGUAGUAGGAGCGAUAGUAGGCGCGAUAGUAGGAGCGAUAGUAGUAGAGUAGCGUUAGUUGCAAUAGUUUUUACCUUAGUACCUAUACGCAGCUAUCCUUAUGGCGAGCUCUAAGCUGUGUAGCGUAAGGAGCAGCUUAGUACAUUGUUUUAAGAUGCGCAACAACAACAAAAAGUCACACGCACACACAUAGUAAGCGAGAGAAGGAGUUGUUUUUUGUUUGUUUCGUUCGUUCUUUAACUAAUGUAGGGGCUAAGAUUUACGGAUUUAUUUGUGUUUUUUUCCCUCUCUCUCCCUCUCCUGGUAGUGACAUCUCAUCAAAGCAUUGUUAAAUUGUUUGUUGAAUUUUUAUUUGAUUUGAUUUUUUUGUGUAGGAAACGAAUUGUUUAACCGUUUAAUAACUAACAACAUUGCAAAGGUGUGCAACAACAACUUGCUGCAUCGGAAAAAGGGUGACAAACACUGGUUUAGUUAAGUCAGCCUCUUCCCAUUCCCUUAAGCCGCCCUCCCCACUCAUAAUACUUCCGCGCUGUGUGAAAACUCAACUGAAAGUUGUUUAUUGGUCUUCCUUUUACGACCGUUUUUUGUUAUGACUAAACACUAAAAACCUGAUCUUAUCUUGUUAUAAUAGUACUGUUUAAUAAUUUUUUGUGCGUUUCGUUUAUUAUUAUUAUUAUUUUUUUUUUGGGGCGGGGAUAAUAGAAUCGUUCUUUUGAAGGCGACCGCCCGAUAGUGUACAGAAUAAGCUUUUGCGAAGUAUGAAACCCAUAAACAUACGUAUAUAAUAAUCAAAUGUAGCUUAUCGAGUUAGCAAUUAGGAGAAGAAACUGUACAUACGUGACGACAAUAUAGGUUGUUAAGCUAAGCUAUAUAUAUACUCCGGUUGCUCUGGUUUUGGUACAACGAUCUGUUUCGCCGACAAGCCCUUCCCAGCAAGCCGCCCGCCCCCGUAUUGGUCGUUUUUCAAGCGAUGGCUGCACAAGCUUCUUCUCGCUACUUAACACGCUACUACCACAAACGCUUGGUUGUUUGGUGAGAUAUCACUUUUGUGACAAGCGACCGUGUUGGUCGUUUGUCUCUCAUUUGAUAAUUAAAAAAAGCACCAAAUCAGCAUAGAAAUUUCCAUUGCAUAGGAAAACUUUCUCCAUUUUCAUCUCGAUCACUAAACGAGUGCAGCUGUAGCCCCAGUUGAAAGCUGACGAUACGAUGGCGAGCGGUUCGUGUAUGUGUGUGUGUGAGCGUGCAGCGAGUGCAGCGAAAAUCAUAGCUAAAACGGUACACAUUAAUCGGUGUAGAACUUCUAAUUCAAUAAAUUGCCAGUGCCAUUAGGGAAAACAAAACAGAAAACAACAAAAUCUUCUAUUUGUACUCGACGGUAGGGGUGUGUGUGCGCACGUCGCACGAGAAAGAAAGCUAUUGCACCACACACAAACAAACAAACAGCGCUGUAUGUAUAUUGUCGACUUAGUACGAUCCUUGCUAGCUGUUAAAACAGAAACAUCCUCCAAGAGUUCAUCCCCUUUACACACACUCAUUAUCGUGUAGGUUUGUGUACAGGACCAUGGUGUUGUUGCGUUUGUCGUUUUCUUUCUCGCUAGUUGAUUCACGCGCAUUGCUACUCUACAAAAAGGUGUUAAGAGCGACGAUAAACGAUCGUAAGGUACGAUUGCACAGAUUAGCUGUAGUAGGUUCCGAUAGGGUAAAAUAUGGUGCAUAUAGCUGCAAAAAACUAGACAUUACACAUACACAGAUACAUAUAAAUGGCUGUUUUGCUAGAUGAAGGUAGUGUUGUAUACCGGACGAACAUCCGUAAAUGGUAGUCCCAGUUGUGUGAUCAAAACUCUCGGGACACUAGUGGUACGGCUUUAGGCUUUAGGGGAGACACAAGUGAAAUAAGCGUAACAUAAUUUCUUGCAUAGAUAAGGCGAGUGUGUAUGGGCGCGUGUCCGUUUAAGUGUGUGUGUGUGAGAGAGAGAGAGUGUUCUAGAGUUAAUAAUUCAAAUCAUACUUAGGCUGAAUGGCGGGGGAGGGAGCGUAGAACAUCAACAAAAAACUGCAACAUAAAUAUCUAACACACUGUAAUUUAAGAGAAAUAAUCGCGUGCGUGUUGUUUCACGCGUGUAUGUGUAUUGAAAGCACACAAAAAAAAUGCGAGAAAAUCCUGUUUGGAAAAUUUCAAAAAAACACCAUUAAGAUUUCUUUUUGGUUUUGUUUCCUUUGCUCCUUCUGAUUGGAAAACCGAUUUUUGUAAAACACUCCCCCCUCUCCCCCUCCUUCUCCCGCACAGUAUCUAUGAUAAGUGAUUGUGGUGUACGCUUACGAGCUGCAACGAGGAGGAGCAAGCAUGCAAGAAGGUGGUAGUGGUGUGUACAGUAAUUAGUAAUAUUUCGUUUGGUAGCUUUAACGCGUGCUGCAGCAAGGGAGAGGUUACAUUGUUAGAAACAAGAAUUAAAGCAGUAGUAAAGUAAAGCAAAUUGUGUAAAGAAUCGUCAGUUAGUGAGCUAAGAGGCAUCUAAAAGAGUAGGACAACACAAGCGCUUAAAAUGGGAAUAAGGAAGCUGUAGGGAGGAACUGAUCGUGAAGGGCGCGCACUCUUAUUAUCAACAUCCAUUAAAACUAUCCAUGCCACUUUUCUUCAAGCCUUCAAGGGCUAUUUUUUGUUUAUUUUCGAUUUUUUGUUUAAUGCUGCAAUUUUUACACUGAAAUGCAAAAAAAAAACAAACAACAUCGAUGUGCAAUUUAGUUAAUGUAAACACACGACAGCUAAG